AUGCCAACAGCUUCGACUUCACAUUCUACAUUUGAUCCUCGGCACCAUGUUGGUGUCCAUGCGGAACGUGUUUCAAACGUAUCGAGCACAGAUUUCCCCGGUUACUAUCCAGACGAGGACCACUCUUGGGAUCUAGAUCAAUUCAACCAGAGAUUGAAAGUUAAGGUGCAGCGUCUGUCUGGUCGGUCUAUUGAGUUUGAUCUCGUCGGAACGGAUGCAUCCAUCGCAAACGCAUUUCGACGAAUAUUGAUCGCAGAGGUUCCGACAAUAAGCGUUGAACGAGUAUAUGUUUGGGAUAAUACAUCCGUCGUUGUCGAUGAAAUCUUGGCACAGCGUAUCGGAUUGGUCCCAUUGAAUGUCGAUCCUGCUUGGAUGGACACGAAAGAAACUACUAAUGACCAGGCAACUGACCGCAACACCCUUGUUUUUCGCCUCAAAGUUGCUUGUGAACGCAAUAAAAAUGCCCCAAAAGGCUCAACAGACCCAAGAGAAAUGUAUAUUAACUCAGACGUACUGUCCUCCCAUCUAGAGUGGGAGCCUCAAGGCGAGCAAGCGACUGUUUUUGCCAGUAGUCCCCCGGCACCCACGAAUCCCAAUAUCGUGCUUGGUAAAUUGAGACCUGGGCAAGAGAUUGAUAUUGAGAUGCAUGCUGUGAAAGGUGUUGGGAAGGACCAUGCUAAGUUCUGUCCCGUUGCAACGGCUUCGUAUCGUCUGUUACCUCUUGUCAUCUUGAAUCCAGAAAAACCAGUCCCACCACAUCUUGCCGAAAAAUUCCAGAAAUGUUUUUCGCCUGGUGUCAUUCGUGUAGACCCACAAACUAAGGCUAUCAGCUUAGAUGAACAAAAUAUGCGAAAAGAGAGUAUGAGCCGGGAGGUGUACCGACAUCCAGAAUUUGAAGGAUGUACUCAGCUCGCUCGAGUGCGAGACCACUUCCUCUUCAGCAUUGAAUCAGAGGGGUUCUAUCCUCCCGAACGUCUACUGCCCGAAUCUAUCAGUGUCAUGCGGGGCAAGAUUGCAAACAUCCGACGUGCUGCAGAGGCUCUGCUGGCUGACAACAACAAUGCAGGAGAUGUGGUGAUGGCAGAUGCAUAAUCAUGUAGACUGUCUGGGUCAUUGUUUCUCAUACAGUAACCAGCAAUUAUUAGGAUACGCUAUAUUGUACAUUGAGCGUGCGUCAACCCCAUUCGAAGAAGUACCUUCUCCCUUUUUCCAUUAAAUAAAUAAAUAAAAAAGAAUAAAUU